AUGGUAGAGGAUCUAUUUAAUAAACUUUAAUCUAAGUAAUUAUUAUUGAAAUCAAAAUCAUAAAAAAUUAAAGUUAGAAUUAUUUCAGCAAAUAAGGUCAAUUUAAAUAAAAAUGUGGAUUAUUCCUCAAUAGUAUAAAAAGUCGGUGAAAUCAGUUCAGAACAUCAUUAAAUAAGCUAGCUACUUCAAUAGUUAAAUAAAAAUACAAAAAUAAAAAAAGUAGUUUUACACAUUCAUGGUGGAGGAUGGGUGGCUAUGUCUUCAUUCAGUCAUCAAUCUUAUACAAGGAAGUGGGCUAAUUACUUAGGAGAUGAGGCUAUAGUAUUCUCGAUAGAUUAUAGACUCUCUCCUGAAUAUCGAUACCCUUACGCACUAGAAGAUGUUUGGCAAUUAUACUUGUGGAUCAUCAAUUUCAGUCAAUUCUACUUAAAUAUUGCAGUAGAAUAAAUAGUUUUAGCAGGAGAUUCUGCAGGUGGCAAUAUGGCAUUGGGAGUUUGCUUUAGGGCUAUAAAAUAUGGUGUUAGAAUACCUGACGGAUUAUUGAUGGCCUAUCCUGCAGUCAAUUUAGAUUUAACUAAAUUCAACCCUUAUUUAUUAUAGGGAUUGAUCGAUUAAGUGGCACCAGCAACAGUUUUAAAAUUGGCUCUGCAUGAAUACUUGAAGGAUACAAAUGGCAAACCAAAUGUUGAUCCCUACUUAAGUCCAUUGAUAGCAGAUGAUUCAUUUUUAUAAUACUUACCUAAAAUGACAAUCAUGUGUGGUUAAUUAGACAGUCUGACUGGUGAUACUAUAAAAUUUGUUAAUAGAUUAAGAAAGCUAGAUAAGUAAUUUAGAAUGCUCAUAUAUAAUGGGAUCAAUCAUGGAUUUCUGAAUUUUGAGGUGCCUAUUUUUGCAGUGCCUGCUAUAAAACCAAUAAUAGAAAGUAGCUGUGAUUUAUUGAAGCAGUUAUUUAAUUAAUGA